CCAGAGAAACUUCAUUUAGGGACAAAACGUUGCUUUUAGACUUAAUCCGGGGAUGCAGAAUCAGUGCGCUGCAGCGGGCUGCUCCAGCAGGAAGUCCGACCCGCAGCCGCUCUUUAGGUUCCCGCGGGACCCUGGAAGAUCUACCCUGCGGAACCUAAGAUGGGGACUUUCUGAUCCCUUACCCCAGGGAUCUGCAACCUCCAUGGCCAAAGGAGCUGUUUAUGUGAUAUUUCUACCGAAUCAAAUUUUCCUGGAGCCGCAAAACACGAUGUAAACAGUGGACUGAAAAUUGCCAGAUACCAGACCUGAUGGAGAAAUCUCCAGAAGAGCUGUACAGAUACUACAGACUCUGCGGGAAACACUUUGAAACCACUUCAGUGAACACGGACACUCCGAAUGCAGAACUGAAGGAUGACGCUGUGCCAACUGUGUUUGAUGGUCCAAACCAGUCUCACAGUGGGCAGGCGAAGCGCGGCAGAGAUUCGACAAAAGACAAUGAAACAAAGACAACGGGGAGGAAAAGAGUCAAAAAGUCUGAAGAACAGAUAAUUAAGGAAGAAAUGCAAGACGCACCGGACGAAGAAGAGUAUAAACAGUACCUCAAGACUUUAUUUGAGGUUCUUCUGCUGUUGGGAGAACAGAACAUUCCUCCUACUCGCCCCACAGAUGGUCAGACUGAAAGUUCUGGGUCGAGCAACUUCCAGGCAUUGCUGGAGUACGCAAUGGUCAAUGGAGAUGAAGUCCUGAAGAAGAGGCACAACGUGAAUAAUGGCUGCUGCUCCGCAGAGCAGCUCCAGCAGCUGAUUGAAACGUGUGAGAAGAGCAUCCGCAGCAAGCUGGUGCAGGAGGUCAAAGAGAACGGCUUCUUUUCCCUGCUAACCGACGAUCCGGUGAAGAUCUCCGGGAAAUGCCUCCUCCCUGUCUUCCUCCGCUACGUAGACCAGUCCAACUACCAGCGGGAGCGGUUUGUCGGCUUCCUGAGCUUCGAAGGAGACGUGGACGACUUGGCGGGGAACUUGCUGUCUGAAUUGGAAGGAUGGGAUUUGGAUAUGGAGCAGUGUCGAGGUCAGGCGCACUCCUUCUCCGCGCCACAUUUCAAACAGACCAGAGCAUUCGCCGCCAAGGUGAUUGAGAAAUAUCCAAGAGCAGUGAUCUCGCUCAGAUCGACUCAUGCCUUGAACGUCACGCUGGCCGGGAGCAUGUCUUUUCCAGGUGUUCAGCUGGUGAUGUCCACCUUCAGGAAGAUCGAGGCCUUCUUUAGUCAGUCACCUUUGCUGCAGGCAGACUUUGAAGACGCCAUUUCCAUUUUCUACCCGGACAAAGAGGAGAAGGUCAAUGAGCUGAAGGAGAUCUGCAGAACCAAGUGGACCAGAAGACAGGAUGCUUUCGAGGUGGCGUUGGAGAUCAUCGAGGCACUGCUGCUCUGCGUGGACAGCGUGCACGACAACGAGGACAUGAGGUGGACGGAUCAGGUCACGCACAACGCACUGGAGAUCUCUCAAAGCUUGACCGAUUUCGAGUUCAUUAUAGCGUUGGUGGUGCUGAAAAAUGUCAUGACUCUUACCCGAGCGCUAGGAAACAGCUUGCAAGGAAGCUCAAUGGAUAUUCACUUUGCUGCAUCCACCAUCAAAGCCGUGACGCAGUCCCUGAAGGAAGUGUCCGAAAACAUCGACGUCUAUCACGAGUUCUGGAACGACGAGGCGGUGAACCUCGCUACCACCAUGGAGGUCCCCGUCAAAGUUCCUCGGUCGUUCUCGAGGAAGCAUCAGAUGGAAGCCCGAACCCUCCGGCCGGAAAGCUUCUAUAAAGAGCACCUGUCCGUCCCCCUGGUGAACCACGUCCUCGCUGAACUGACCCGGCUCUUCAGCCAGGACCACCUGAUGACCCUGAGGUGUCUGUCGCUGGUCCCCGCCGUCAUAGAGCAGUACAAAUCCACAGAACCCGAAGAGGCCUGCAUCCACGUGUUCAACAGUGACAUCCCCAACGCGGGAACCCUCUCCGCCGAGCUGCACUGCUGGUGGGUGAAGUGGAGCAAGAAGGGCAAGGACGAGACGUUUGCCUCCAACGUCCAGGAGACGCUGCAGGUGGCAGACGUGAAGUUCUUCCCGAACAUGCUGGCUGUGCUGAGGCUGGUCAGCAUCACGCCCACCUUGGCCCUGCAGGAGAGCAGCGACGUGGCGUUCAGGCGCUUCAAGACGUACAUGGAGACCAUGCCGGACAAGCUCAAAUCUAAAAGCCUGGCGGUCUUAAACUUGAACCACGACGUCGGGCUCGACGUGGACUCACUGGUUGAGACGCACGCGCAGACGUACCCAGAUGUAACGAACGGCUCGAGCACUGCUUGAGAUUACUGAUAGUUAAGAUUCAGUGUGUGAUCUGACACCGAGUUUGCAUCUUUUGUAACAACUUUACUUUGUGUAGUAAUGAAUGUCAGAUUCGAAAGACUCCCACAUCUUACUUACAUGUUUGUACUUUUCUAAUCUCUGAUUGCUUUAUUGACAUUACUUAGGGAUCUGCUGACAUUCACCUGGAGAAUCAGGUUAGAUAGAAAUCCUUGUAUUUGUUAAUAAAGAGGAUUUG